AUGGUUGAGAAAAUUGAGAUUAGUACUAAUGAGAAUAUGAAGGAUGAUGAUGAGCUUGAAAUGUUGUUGGGUGAGAUCCCUCAUGCAACAUCAUUACUUACCCAUAAUCAAAAUAAUAAUCAUCAUUAUGAUCAUUCAUUACAUGUUAAUGAUAAUGAUAAUGAUUAUGGUUAUGAAUCUAGUUAUCCUCUAACAACCAUGAAUCCGUUGAUGUAUGGUAUGUAUCAAUAUCAUGAUAAUCCAUCAUGUAGUUCAAGUUCUAUUCAAUCUAAUGGAUCUUUUUCGAGCCAUUUCUCUAAAGAAGAUGAUGAUCAUCCCACCCCUAAACCCGAUAUGCUUUUUAGAAGUUAUAGUUCCAUUUUGCCUUAUACUUGUUUGGGAAAGAAAAUUGAUGAUAAUUUAGGAACUAAUCCGAUUAGUUUUGGUAAACCCUUUUUGGAUUAUGGUUUGAUACAAUCUCAUACCCCAAGAAACCACACUUUUAAUAGAGCAAUGAGUCCUAAUUUCAGUUUGCACCAAACUUAUGGCUUCCCUCAAUCGAGUUUUAAUAGAAAUAUGCUAAAUAUUAGGCACCCUAUUAGUUACCAAAGGGUAAUUCCAGCUUUGGAUUUAGCUGUUUCUAAUGAUUUAUAUCGUGUACGACGCAAUGUGAUGUUAGAAGCUAGUGAUGAUAGUGUAAACGUAGGCCGUGUGAGAAAUGGUGGGUUCAGAGGACACAACAAGAAGUGUAAUCACUCUCAAUUAGUGGGUCGUUGUGAAAAUGGUAGAAUUUCAAUUACAAAUAGGUCUUGUCCUACACCGGUAAGAUGUAACACUUUAGCUGAUGUUAAAGGAUACAUAUAUAUGUUUGCUAAAGACCAAAAUGGGUGUCGGUUUAUACAAUCCGUUUUUGAAGUGGAUAAUCAAGAACAUGUAAAAAUAAUAUUUGAUGAGACAAUUGGGCAUGUAAGUGAGCUUAUGGUAAAUUCGUUUGGGAAUUACCUUAUGCAAAAAUUGCUGGAAGUUUGUAACGAAGAACAAAGAAUGUGUAUUUUAAUGGAGGUCACUCGUGAGCCAAGGGAUCUUGUUCAUAUUUCUUUGAAUCCUCAUGGGACAAGGGCAGUGCAGAAGCUUAUAGAGACACUCAAGACGCGGAAACAAAUAAAGAUGGUUAUUUCUGCAUUGGAACCGGGAUUUCUUGCUCUUAUUAAGGAUCUCAACGGUAACCAUGUUAUUCAGCGAUGUUUGCAGUGUCUCAGCAACGAAGAUAAUAAGUUUAUUUUCGAAGCUGCUGCAAAAUUUUGUGUGGAUAUUGCUACUCAUCAACAUGGAUGUUGUGUAUUGCAAAGAUGUAUAAAUCACUCAUCUGGCAAACACCAAGAACGGUUAGUUCUGGAAAUUUCUUCAAACGGGCUUCUUCUAGCACAAGAUGCAUUCGGAAACUAUGUUGUACAGUCUAUAUUGGAGUUGCAAAUCCCGUCUGCAAUAUCCAUGUUGACUUCUCAAUUUGAGAACAAUUAUGUUCACCUCGCGACACAAAAAUUCAGUAGCCAUGUCGUUGAGAAAUGCUUAUCAGUGCUAGAUGACCACACCAGGUCCAUUAUCAUUCGUGAACUGCUUUCUGCUACUCAUUUUGAACAAUUGCUUCAAGACCCGCAUGCCAAUUAUGUUAUUCAAACCGCUCUUCGUGUUUCUGAGGGCUCUCUUCAUAACUCGUUGGUGAAAGCAAUCGAAUCACACAAGGCAAUCUCAAGAAACAGCCCAUAUUCAAAGAGGAUUUUCUCACACAAGCUUUUGAAGAAGUAACUAUAUUUCUUAUAAUGUUGUUGUUCUCUGUGUUCACUAGCAUUUUUCUCCCUUUAUCAUCCACUUUCGCCAUAAAUUAUCUCCAAGGACCAGAUAAUUUGGAAAAACUUGGAUGUUCAAUAAGCCGGUUCUGCUUUUGAUUUGGUGCCUACGACACAUUGGUUCUGGUUGACUGUAAGCAUCAUUGAAACAUUGCGAGAAUGUUUUUUGCUUCGAGUUGCUUAAAGUCAAUGACUCAAUGUUAUUUUUCUGUUGUCUAUGUAAUUUCCAUAUAUAUGAUAAUGUGUGCAGGCUGAGUUCCUGUGCAUUUCCUUUAUCUAAGCCUAGUUUAAGUCAUUACUGUAGUUUGAAUACUGAGGUAUUCGGGUUGUAUGCUAGGAUUUAUGAAUGAAUGCACGGACUUUUCAGGAUCAAAGAUCUGCCAUCGUGCUUGUUUGAUUUAA